AAGAAUAAUUAGAUUGAAUAGACUUUUGCUUGACAUUCAGUGUAGCCUUGAGUGCCGCCAUGCUACACAGUGACGAGAUGCUAAUGAUUUUUACGUUGCUUGCAGCUGCAUUAGCUGCCGCUCUUUUUGCCCCGGCAGUGGGCACAAUUCCCUUCUUCCGAUGGGAGAGGAUAGGCAGGAAAAUAGGAGACAGAGCGGAGGAGCAUUGCGAGGUGCCGGCAAUAGCCUCUCCAGGCCACACAGACAAAGAAGAAGCUGUCAUUCGAGAGCUGCGGGAGCGACUUCAAGGUGCUGAGCCUUGUCCUGAAGGACUUCUUGCUCAAUUGGCAUGGUCACGAGCCUUGGACGUUGAUGCAGCUGCAGACCUUUGGCGAAGGCAUCUGGCCACGGCCAGAGAACUGAAGAUCCAAGAUGUCAGUGACGAUUUAGUUCGGAGAGCGUAUGACGCUGGCUUCUGCGUUCGUUCCGGUGUUGAUGUGGAUGGCCGACCAAUGAUUUGGGUUCGGCUAGCUUUAUCAGUACCUUCAACCAUGACCGCUUCACAAGUUGUUAAAAAUACCUGGAUGGCGCAAGAUGCGACUUUGUGCAGUGGCAUCGACGCAAAUCGGCGCGGCAUUUGUUUCGUGUAUGAUUUGAAAGAUGUUGGCUUGCGAAACGUCAGCUUUGACCCACUCGCUUUGCAUGCCGCGAUCAAAGGUGCCUUGAGUCAUCCUUGCCAUAUAUCUCGAGUCUGGCUCCUUGAUGCACCACGCAUCUUUUUGCUGACCUGGCAAGCCUUCAAGCACUUUGUCCCAUCAAGCAUCCGGCAGCUGGUGUGCUUUGCUGAGACUGGCCCAGGACGCCGCAAGAUCUCUCAAGUUUGUUCAGCCAGUGAACUUCCCGUCUAUUUAGGUGGUCCACCAUGCUUUUCACAAGCGUAUUGUGAUUGGAUGUUCGAACAGCUGCACGGGAGACCACAGGCAUAUCGGGUUUCAAAGCUUCAGCUACCAGUGCCUUCUCGGCGAAUGAGGGGCCGGUCAGGAGCUUGCUACGUAGGUCUUCGCAAGGUGCUGCGAUGUAGUUGCCUGGCUUGAAAGGCGGUUUUGGUUGCAUUAGCGGCCCGAGUGUACAGCAUAGACUAUAUAAAAUGACUAUAGAUUCCUUCUCGCAGACAAGACUAAGACUGAGCUGCUGGCAUACAUGUUUCACACACAGAGCCGGUUGAGUUAAAGUACUCCCGCAGCACCACCCUACCAGCAGGCAACGGCUUGUGAUUCGAA